CAGAAAUUUUGGUUAUUCGCGUGGAUUUGAUUAAUGAGCUUGACAUUGACAGCUGAUAUACCAUAUCAAAUGAAAUAUGGCGGCGAUGUUUUUUCCAGUCAAAUUAUCCAGUCACACACACGUUCCUGUCACAAGUUCUUUCUGUUUUCUGUGUAUCUUCUGUGUAUCUUGAGGUUAUGGUGUGAAUAUUUCACGAUUGCCUGCGUGACUUUAUUGCAGUUGCAUCAUUUUAAAGAAAGUAUUGAUAUUGAUAAGAUAAAAGAUGUCUGGUGAAAACAACGCUCCAAUCUACACGUCUGACAGUCGUGGUGACGAUGCUACUGGAGAUGGCACUGAGGAAAAGCCCUUUAAGACUAUCCUACAGGCUAUGCGAAAGGCUGGCAGCGAGCCUUUCCCUGUCAUCUAUGUAGACAGCAAAGAAGAAGGGAAGAAAUACGAGGUGGUUGCUAAAGCCCAACUCAAGAAACAGCAAAAAAUCUGGGUAAGAGAGUGCUACAAGCUAGCUGAUGGACAGAAAAGAGAAGAUGAGGAUACAGAGAAGCGCCUGAAAAACCUGGAGGAAGCUAAGCUAAUUGUUAUUGAGGAAGACAAGUCAUUGUCAGAAGCAAAGAAAAUCAAAAUUCACGAUGGACAUAAGUUUAGAAACCAGAGAGUUAAAAUAUAUGGUUGGGCUCAUAGAAUCAGAAGGCAAGGAAAACAUUUGAUGUUCAUCACUUUGAGAGAUGGUACAGGAUUUUUACAAAGUGUGUUAAAUGACAAACUUUGUCAGACUUACAAUGCUGUAUUACUACAAACAGAGUCGUCCAUCAUUUUAUAUGGAACCUUAAAAGAGUUGCCAGAGGGAAAGACAGCACCUGGAGGACAUGAGUUAAUUGUAGACUACUGGGAACUCAUUGGUCUAGCACCACCAGGUGGUGCUGAUGCCAUUUUGAAUGAACAAGCUCUCCCAGAUGUUCAAGCUGAAAACCGACAUAUUAUGAUCAGAGGUGAAAAUACAUCAAAAAUUCUGCGGAUGCGUUCUGUACUUAUGCAAGCUUUCAGAGACCAUUAUCUAGCACGAGGGUACUGUGAAAUUACCCCACCAUCAAUUGUUCAAACCCAAGUAGAAGGUGGCGCAACUUUGUUUAAACUGGAUUAUUUUGGUGAAGAAGCUUAUCUAACUCAAAGCUCUCAGUUGUACCUGGAAACAUGCUUGCCAUCAAUGGGGGAUGUAUUUUGUAUAGCAGAGAGCUUCAGAGCUGAACAAAGUAGAACUAGAAGACAUCUAGCAGAAUAUACCCAUGUCGAAGCCGAGUGCCCCUUUAUCGGUUUUGAAGACCUGUUGGACCGUCUUGAAGAUCUUAUCUGCGAUGUAGUUGAUAGGGUUUUGAAAUCACCAUAUGGUAGCAUAGUUUAUGAACUGAACCCAGAUUUCAAGGUGCCAGAACGACCAUUUAUGCGAAUGAACUAUUCUGACGCUAUUAAAUAUCUGAAAGAGAACAAUAUUACAAAGGAGGAUGGGAGCUUCUACGAAUUUGGUGAGGUGAGAAGAUAUAAAGCUGAUGGAGGUUCAUGGACAUUCCAGAAAUGCCAGAGAGAAAGAUGACUGACCAAAUCAAUAAACCAAUUAUGUUGUGUAGGUUUCCAGCUAACAUUAAGUCAUUUUAUAUGAGCAAAUGUCCAGAAGACAAACAAUUAACUGAAAGUGUUGACGUCCUGUUGCCUAAUGUGGGAGAGAUUGUUGGAGGCUCUAUGAGGAUUUGGGAUUUGGAGGAGUUGAUGGAAGGAUUUGUAAAGCCAGUAAUAUCAGCCGUUGUUCAUGCAAAGAUACGUUAGCUGUCAGUUAGUUAUAAAAUGUGACAAGUUCAUAUUUAUGUUUCUGGUGAAGAUAUGGUGAGGCUUACUAAAUAAAGAUAAGAUAUUUACUGAAGAUGUUUAUACAAAGCAUCUGCUUGCACAUGAGAAGGGUAGGUGAAAUCUAAGGUAUACAGAACCUUAGAGUCUGUCACUACAGGAGACUUGUUGAAUGGCUCCCGCAAAGGGAAAAAUAGUAUGUGCAGGAUACUCCUAGAAAAUUAUAGCAAAUACAUCAUUUCUUGAUAAAAUUAAUCUACAGAUCCGACUUUUUUAGAUCUGUAUUUGACAUGUUGCCUUUAACAACAUUGUGUUAUAUCAGAGUUAUGCAGCCUUUUAUUUCACACGUACGGAGACAAAGGCCACCUCAUAGAAUAAAAUAAAGCAGUCUUUGGGAGCGAAAAAUGAGGAAUGAUUUCAGAGUUUGAAAAUAUACAGUACCUGUAGACACUUAUUUUGGGUCCGUGUUUACAUGGAUAUAAAAGUGCGGUUACGGAAUUAGAAUGAGCAUUACUCGCGCUGUUCUCCAAAUACCGCUUGAAAUUCACAAAUGGGCGAUCGAAAGUGGAAAACUGCAUUGGUGGUACAAACGAGAAGGCAUCAGCCCUGAUCCAUACUUCUGGUACACUGAUCAACGAAAAUAUGGUACCUGCCCACACGGAGGCUAUGGGCUCGGAUUGGAACGAUUUUGUUGUUGGCUACUGAACAGAUACCACAUCAGGGAAGUUUGUCUCUAUCCAAGAUAUCUGCACCACUGUAAACCAUGAAUUACAGUUUUCAACCUCUGCAUUUCUACGAGCAUUUUUAUUUGAUUAAUUCUGAUUUAUAAUUACAUUUUGGUUUAUACGUAACGUAAUUAAAUGUAUAUGAAUGCCUGGAAUCCGUUCUUUAUUACACGUGGCAGAAAUCUGCUUUAGGGCAUCA